UGUACAGUUAAUUAAUUUGUUUACAUUCGUGCAAUACACAAUUAAAGCUAAGCCAAAAACGCCAUAAAAAAGAGUUAAUAAACACCAAAUGAAAGAAAGAAAAUUAAACUAAUAUUGAAAGAAAAAGAGUUUAUUGUUUAUCUUCAAAAUACCCAAUAGUAAUCAAAAUGGUAGUCUUGAGCUCUUGCUGGUCUCCUAUUAUUUGGUCCAAUGAUGUCAAAACUGGAAGCUAUGCAGUGGCAGUAUACACGGCUGCCCUUUCGGUCGUCUUUAUAACUUUGAUUUCCUAUAUGCUGUCGGGUGGAGACUCGGCUCAGCUCUAUUCUCCUCUAUUUGAAACGGACAUCAGAAGUUCCAUGCCCAUUGUUGGUGGAUUCUUUAUAUUUUACUUUAUAUUACUCAUCAUAGCUUCGUAUUUGGUCUACUAUGGCAUCAAAAUCAGCACUCGUGGUUGGCUUCUACCAUGGUUGAUUUUGACCGGCCUGGGCAUUUUAUUUCAGCUGAUAUUUGGUCUAUGGCUUAUUGGUGGCUAUUAUAUUUAUCUGGAGCAAACCUUCUCAGCCCUGAUGUUAUUCCUUUGGAUGGCCUAUAAUUUGUAUUGCUGGCUUUGUGUCUUCUCACAAUAUCAAAUAUUUUUGGAAAUACAAAAUCCCAACAUUGAGCUAUUGAUGCCAUAGAAUCUUAAACUGAAUACAAAUGAGCUCAAUAUUAGUUAAAUGUUUAAUUUUAUGUAUACAUUUUUUUCCAUUUUAAGUAACAUUCUCCUGGUCAUUUAGCUCGAUCGACCCUCUGGGGGGUUAUUAACGCGCAAAAAAUGCAUACAAAAUGCUAUACAAAAAUCGACUUUUCCAUAUGCUCGUAUAGUAGAUUAUAAUUUUUCUUUUUGAAAAAUAUUUCCAUUAUUUAAUUAAGGAAAGAAAAAACGAGACUAAAUCUCUAAUCCGUCCAUUUUAUUGAUACACAAGUGUAAUUGACCAUUUUUGCCUUAUAUACAAAUAUUUUAUGUAUUAUUCACUAUAUUGUAAAAAAGUUUUACAAAACGACAAAACAUUUUUUAAAGCAAUAAAAUU